ACGCAAAAUCUUUUUUCAAAUCAGAACGAACCCGACUAACCAAAGGGUGUAUCUUGCUCUCUGCCUUCACCUUCUAUAUAUAUCGAUGUCGUGUUUGUAGGACGCUUUUGGGGAGCGCAAAAUUAUUUUAAUAUCAAUUAUAAAACCAAAUGUAACCCGGUCACGGAUCUACAGUUGACUAACAUAUUUGCAACGGUGAGUUACAAAACAUUUCUUUCAAAACGACGGGGUAAUACACUGUUCUUAUUUACCCAAAUCCUGCUUUAGGAAAUACCUACUGUACGUAGCUUUGAAUAGAUACAUUAUAUUGUUUAUUUUCCCUUACAGCAAAUCCAUAUGUAUUAGAAGUUAUACUCGGAGUACAGCGUCAUUUUUAAUUGUGCAGAUCUAUUUCUGAUGAACUUCCUUUGUAGACUGACAUAUUGGUAAUACACGCGGUAUGCUUAUAAGGAAAAUACCUAUCCAGCUGUUCUUAGAUCUGUCAGGUAAGCCUAUUGGCAAUUUCUGGCCAGAGAAAUGCACCCUAAUGUAUACACCUGCUAUGGCACUUUGAAAUGUACCUGUCCAAGUCUUCUCAUUCCAGGCGUGGUGGGACUCUGGGCCAACUCCAGACUCCAGAACCAGCAGGAUCAGAACAUGGAAUCCAGAAUAGUGUCCACCCCAAGGAUUACUCUGACGGGGAAGACUGGAACAAAGAGGUCAACUGCAAACCUCACAGAGGUGUUUAAAGAAGACUUAUCUUCUGAGUCUGUGGCUACUCAACGGGACAAUGUCCAGAGGUCAAAGAGUACAGCUUGUGAACCUUCUGGAAGGCUACCGAGAGGAGUAGCACAGGGAGGAAAAGGAGAAGUUGGAGGAAGAGAAAUAACAAAAGAAGUAGCAGAUGGAAAAGUCUUAGUGGGAGAACGAGAAGUAACAGUUUCAGAAGGAAAAGUCACAGAAGAAGAAAUAUCAGAAGUUCCAGAAGACAAUGUAUCAGGAGGAGCACUAACAGGAAUACUUACAGGAGUAGUAGGAGGAGUAGCAGCAGGAGGAGCCGUGGGUGUAGCUGUUCUAGCUUUGGGAUUGUCAGCAGGAGUAGGGGGAGCAGUAGGAGCUGCAGUUGGAGGUGCAGCAUUAGCAGAGAUUAUUCAGAGACAUCUUUGUUUGUAUUCAAAAAAGACAAAUGGAGUAGCAGAAAGUCGUGAAAAAGAAAAUACUGAUGUAGUCACCAAAAAAAAUCUGUGAAGAAAAUAAAUGGCAACAUUUUGGAAGUGUAUACUUUUUUAAAUAACAAAUUAGUUAUAUAAUGUUCUUGGAAUAAUGAUAAUAGUUAUACUGUAGUGUAAUGAGAAAUGUCUGUUGAGGAAGAGUGAAAGUGUAUUUGAUGAAGAGGUGUGUCUGGCCCCACCAAACUGGAAUGUAACUAAAUGCAUGAUAUUGUGGACAAUUAUCUGUAGUGUUUUUUCCCUGUUCCCCAUUAAGGGCAGAAUAGGCUGAUAUGCUUUAUUGUACUGUACGUGUUAUGGAUGGGACUUCACAAGAACAUUGUAGAAAUGAUCGUCCUUGUUGCAUGUCAGACAACAACUGAUGGCAACGCCCUGUCCAUUCGAUAAUUUUGCAUUGAUUUUGUGGGACAGUUCCUGUCCUUUGUGUGUUCAUUGUGUUUGUCCAGGUAAAGUAAUGCCAAUGACUAUUUGGGGGAGUGUUUUAGAUAUGUCGUGUUGGUAUGUAACUAUGUUUUGUACUGUAACUUUAUGACUUGAUUGUAAUAAAUUGUGUUACUUUGGAAUAUAGAUUACUACGGCAUUCCUCGUUCAUCUCCACUCUCAAGCUUAUAGGUCUACUUAUACACUCACCUAAAGGAUUAUUAGGAACACCAUACUAAUACUGUUAUUGACCCCCUUUCG